AUGGGUGAAGUGAACGAAGCACUUGACGAAGAUACUGAUAAAUCGAAUACGGAGGAGAAAGGCCCAGAAAAACACGGAGACAUAGAAGAAACAGAUUUCGAUGCGAUCUCGAUGGACAGCAUAGAUUCUACAGUGGUUGGAAGUGAUGGUUCUGACAUUGAACCGGAAGUUACAGUAACUGCUCUUGAUAUCGGGCUACUGAUUUGUGUUCCUUUCGCCGCUUCAAUCGGCGGGACUGGCACAUUUACUGGAACAGAUCUGAACUUGUAUCUCUCUGGUUAUUAUAACGAUUUCUACGCUGAGUACACAACAAGUGAAUACCAAAACAAUGGGUACUUCGCCAUUACUUAUGCGAACUGGGCAAUGUACAAUCUUUUACCUUCAUUUCUGACAUUUUUUCUGUCUUAUAUUUGGCUCCAAGGAUUCAACUUUGGCUGGAAUCCCAUCAGUUGGUUCAAAUGCGAAAAGAACGAAGGCGCUGAGAAUGUGAUCAACACCGAGUUCAAAAAGCUUGGCCCCAUGAAGCAAGGAGAAUAUGUAUCACUUUUCUGUUUUAUCAUCGUUGUGAUUUUGUGGAUUGCAAGAGAACCCACAGAUGGAGCCGGUUGGGCGUAUAUUUUCCCGGUUCCAAGUUACAUGACAGACGGAAUGGUCGUUAUUCUUAUUGGAAUCUGCUUGUUCGUUCUACCUAUCGACGAUUCCGGCCUUUUUUGCAUAUUCAAUCGUUUCCGAAAAGACAAGAUCUCGAUAAAUCACGGACCUGCUCGUCCAAUUCUGACUUGGGAUGUUGUGCAGCGAAGAACCGGCUGGGGAGUCUUGAUACUCAUCGGUGGCGGAUACGCUAUCGCACAAGCCUCUGACGACUCCGGAUUUUCUGAGUUCGUCGCAACAGGUCUAGCACAGCUUGUGGAUGGAUGGGAAAGCUGGGCAAUUUGUUUGCUUUGUUCAAUAAUGGCUUCAAUGUUCACCGAAAUCACCUCCAACACUGCUGCAUGUGCCCUCUUCGUUCCACUGUUAAAUAAACUGGCGCUGAAAGUCUGCGUCCAUCCACUCUACCUCUGCCUGCCAGCCACCGUCGCUUGCUCGAUGUCCUUCAUGUUGCCAGCCGCCACUCCACCAAACGCUAUUGCUUUCGGCAGUGGUCGUCUAAAGUCUAUUCAUUCGAUUACAAAUGGAUUUAUGCCGAAGAUCAUUGGUGUAGGCCUGAUCAACGCGUUCAUCAUGUUUUUCGGACCUUUGAUUUACAAGACCGAUAUUUUCCCGUGUUUUGCGCUGGGCGACCCGACUGGUGCUCACUGCUACAAUUCAACAAUCCACGCUGAAUGCCCAUGCUAUCCUUCAUCGAAGCUAAAUCCCGAUUGGAGCUGUUAG